UUGACCUCUUUCUCCCCUCUCUCUCCAGAUGAAAUCUUCCUAGAAGCACGGAGGGACAUGUCAAAAUGCUGAAUUUGAGCACUUUACCAAGUCUUUAUUCAUAUAAAACAUUUGAUUUAUUGAAUUAUCCAUGUGGUCUAUAUUAAAAGGCACUUAAUUUAAUAUAACAGGCUUCAAUAUUGGUUCACAAUUUCUAUUUAAAGUAUUAAAGGGACAUAAAAGGGACUCUUUUAGUGAAAUGGCUUACUGAUGUAAUCCGUUCUGCAUUCCUGGAAUACAGGAUGUUCAUUUUCUGUAGAGUUUUUUUUGUUGUUGAAGGGGAUCAGUGAUUAACAUCACUUGAAUACUAUUUGGGAAGCUGCACAUUUUCUCGACAGAUUAUUCUAAAUCUGUUCCCUAAGGGUUAAAAACAACUGAAAUCAUGGUUGCCCCAAUCAACACAUCUGACUAUGAUGACUACAAUGAUGCAGUGGUGAUACCAUCUCAGUCCCCAGUCAUCUAUGAGAUGUAUCAGAUGAGGACUGGCUUGAGAUUAAUGUAUGUGUCGGUCUACUCAGCCACCCUUCUACUGGGUCUACUGCUCAACUCUGCCGUCAUCUUCAUGAUUGUCUGGAAAUACAGGUCCAAUAAGAAACUGAGUAGAUGGAUGUUGAUCCUUGGCUUGGCUGCCACCCACCUCAUCUUCUGCCUCUUCACUCCACUUUACUUGAUCACAGCCUGGAACUACUUCUCCUGGACAUUUGGGAAGGUUGUCUGCAAGCUGGGGUCCUUCGUGAUGUUUAUGAACAUGUUCUCUGCCUCAGUGAUGAUCACUUUCUGGAAUGUGCGCUGGUGUGUCCCCAGAUGUUUUGAACAUCACAUGUCCAGCAGCAUGGUUCUGCUGUCCUGGUUCACUGGGGCCAUACUAAGCACCCCCUCUUUACUGUCCAGGGAGGUUCAGUAUACUGUCGAUGGACACAUCUGCCUUGACAACUAUGAUUAUACUGAACAACGCCAGAUCUCUAAAGAGGGUAAGGAGAGAAUGAUGGCUGUGGUGAGCUGUCGCUUAAUUUUUGGGCUGAUGCUCCCUUUGGGUGUGAUAUGUGUCAGCCGUUGCUGCACUAACAGCAGGGAAAAUAACCAAGUGAAGUCAUUGGUUAUUCGACCUGUGACUAUUGCCCAUUUCCUAUGUUGGGCUCCAGUCCUCUGUCUCUCUAUGCUGCAAGUCGCAGUGGGGAUAGACAACAGAUGGUUCGGAUACAUAUUGUCCACAGCCACUGCCCUGUCAGUCUUAAACAGCUGCAUCUAUCCUAUCAUCUGCAUCUGGCAAGGAAAUAAAGAACUUAAGCAUAACUUUCGCUCACAGUCUGAAGAGACCUCUCAGACAGAGGACAAAGGAGAGGAGGGCCAUGAGAUGACUUGCCUGAAUAAGGAGGACAAUGUCCUUGAACAGUAAUGGGAAUACAACAUACUGUAAAUGCAAUUAGCAAUUUAAGAACUUUUCCAGCUUGAAAUGUACUUGUAAAUGUCAUGCAAAAUAUACAAUAUUUUGGUCUAUUAUUUUUAUGAAUUGUAUACUCACAGUGUAAUUACACAUUGUUCUAAAUCCCUCUUGAUCAAGGUAACAAAUGUCUUCUUUUUUUAACCUGUAUUUAUUUUCUAUUCAAAUUCUUAUUAAAUACAGAUUUAAUGAAAUAUAUAACCAUUAACAUUUCUGAAAAUAUUUAUUUUGAAUUAAAUGUUACAAUAUAGGAAAAAUG